AUUUAUCUGUAAAUAUGUUUUAAUGUUUUAAUAACUGUUUAGCUUCACCUGGUUCAAAUUUUAUAUAAAAAGGAUAGAAAUUAUUCAGCACCUUUUUCUAUGUAGUAAUUAAUCAGUAAUUGUAUUUUUUUUAUUUCAGUGUUUAAGUGUAAAAUCUGCAGAAUGUGGCCAUUUUUCAAUCUGAUUGAUUGAUUAAUCGUCAGAUUAUUUGAUUACUAAGACAAACUAAACGACGAGUUAAUGAAUUCUCCACGUUGCUCCUCAGGUGUUCCCACCUGAAUGGAGCCGCUCGGCAGCCCGGUUCUGAUCUUCUUCUGUCUAAUCUGUUUAUCUCUGCUCUCUAAACUGGACUCUCCUCUAAUCUCGACCAAAACAUCGGCUAAUGCCGUUGCAUAACGGUUCUUCUUCAGCCGAGCAUCCAGGGAAUGAAACCAUUUCCUGACCUCAACCUGCACAAAUAUCCAGCUUCUGAUUAUUUAAAAACAUAAAAUACAGUCAGAACCAGAAGCUUUUGUUUGUUUUGGUUUAAAUGUAGCGGGUCAGAGUUGAACUCAAACAGGAUUAGCGGUCAUGGACACCAUCUUGGCCGCCGUCCUUUGCUGGAGGGAUGAAGAGGCGUGGCCUGUGGCGUCGUCUCAGCCUCCUCCUCCUCACCUGUCUGCUGUGUGUUGAGUCAACAGUCUACAGCUCUCCGUUGCCGAGGAAACAGGUGGAGGCGGUGAAGCUCUGACCUCAGCAUGUGAGAAGGUUCUGGUUCUCUGGGUCCGCCGGGCCCGACUGUUUGGAGAGGACUCCGUCCACGGCCAUGUUCUGAAGAAGACGGGCGGUUUGGACAUCUGCGAUGCCUGGAAGCCAGUACCAGCUGACCCGCACCAGGCUGAGCCACAGCCUGUACAGCCUGACGGACAGCUCGGACGGCGGCCAUGAGGACGAGCGGCCCGACGACUCGCUGCGCCUCACGCCGCUGCAGAAGCUAACGGCGGCCAUGUGCAAAGACGAGAAGACCAUCAAGGAGCUGAUCAUCGGCCGCAGGGUGGGCUUCUACAAGGUCAGAGGGGAGAUCGGCUUUGGGACUUUCUCCAGGGUCAAACUGGCGUUCCACGCUCUGACCAAAGACAAAGUGGCUCUGAAGAUCCUGGACCGGACCCGGCUGGACGCCCAGGCCCAGCGGCUGCUGUCCAGGGAGAUCAGCAGCAUGGAGGCCCUGCAGCACCCCAACGUGAUCCGGCUGUACGAGGUGGUGGAGUCGCCCAGCCGCCUCUUCCUGGUGCUGGAGUACGCCGGAGGAGGGGAUCUGCACAAUCGGAUCGCCACCGAGGGGAAGCUGUGCGACAACACCAGCAAGAUCACCUUCGCCCAGAUCCUCUCUGCCGUCAAAUACAUGCACAACUUGAACAUCAUCCACCGCGACCUGAAAGCGGAGAACGUUCUGUUCACCUCCUCCGGCUCCGUCAAAGUCGCCGACUUCGGCUUCAGCACGCGCGUGGCGAACCGCAGCGUCGCCCUGGACACGUUCUGCGGCUCGCCGCCGUACGCCGCCCCGGAGCUGUUCAGGGACGACAGCUACCUGGGCCCCCCGGUGGACGUCUGGGCCAUGGGGGUCCUGCUGUUCUUCAUGGUGACCGGCACCAUGCCGUUCCGGGCCGACACCAUGGGCAAGCUGCGGCGCUGCAUCAUGGAGGCCAGCUACGCCAUCCCGCCCUGGGUGCCGGGUCCCUGCCAGCGGCUCAUCAAGGGCAUCCUGAAGCCGGUCGCCGCCGAGCGCUACGCCGUCGACCAGAUGCUGGGCUGCGAUUGGCUGCUGCCCGUGGAGUUCCCCUGGGCGCUGGCGCCGUCUGCCCUGCCCGGCCCGCUGCAGAGCCUGCUGGAGUCGGAGCGCGGGAACCCGGAGGACGAGGAGGUGGAGGAGGAGGUGCGCAGCGCCCUGGAGGAGCUGGGCUUCACCGCCGAACACCUCAGAAACCACCAGCUGACGGACAGCCGCAGCCCCGUCACCGGCGUCUACCGCAUCCUGCUGCACCGCGCCCAGAAGAGGUGGGGCUGCGACUCGCCGCCCGUGGUCCGCGGCAUGGUGAGGGACCCCAAGAGGGAGGGGCUGCGGGCCUACAGGGGCCUCAGGCACACCUCCAAGUUCUGUGUGCUGUCAUAACGGACCGCUGCUGGUCGGUCUGUGGCCUAAACAAUUCAUUCUUAGAUAACGAGAGUUUAGUCUUUAAAUCCAAAUUAGCUGCUGCUGGCCCCGCCCCCAACUCAACGUUUACACCCACAUGGCGGCAAACAGAGGCAGUUAUACAACCAUACAUCUUUGAAAAGCAGAAGUGGAGCCUCCUGCACAGACCAUUGCACGGACCAAUCACGUCUUUCUAGACUCCAAGAAAAUAAUUUGCCAAAAACGGCUGAAUGUUUGUUGUUUUUUUUUAAGUGCUCUGGUUUGUUUUUACAAACAUUUGAGACCCAAAUGGACCAAAGAAAACCAUCAUCUCCCCUCCAACGGCUUAAAUACUGGAAACUUUUCUGUUAUUUAUGUGAAAGUGCCUGAAAAACAAGAAAUAAAAUGAAUGUGAGGUCAAAG